AUGGAAGACUAUCAAAAACCUAACUAUUCUGAAUUUGGGCCAUCAAGAUUUGAUUUUUUUCAAGUCCGUGCACAAAUGGAGGCCAGAGAACUACAGGGGUGUGAUGUUAUUAUCGUUCACGGUCUUUAUGCCUUAUACGACAAGGCCUUACUCGAAUCUGGGACUAUAAAAAUUUUUAUCGACUGUGAUGCAGACGUUAGGCUUGGUCGAUGGAUAAAGCGGGAUAUAUUAGCAGGUUCAGCAACUGGUGAUACUAAAGCAGAGCGGGGUGCUCUCCUUAAACGAAUGCUUACUCAGUACCUGAGCCAAUACAGAGUGGAAAUGGAUGAGUUUAUAUUCAGAACCAAAGAAUUUGCAGACAUCAUCCUGCCUCGAGGUGCUGAGUUAGCAGGUUUGUCACUCAUUAUUGAUGGAAUCCAGCAUCUUAUUAAAGACGAGAAUGAUAACACUAUAAUGACAAUAGGGGGAUGGGGACACGACAAUAACUUGCAAAUUCGCAAAAAUACAAAUACAGUUUUGAGUAAUCAGUCACAGCCUACCUUUACUUCCCUCAAGAAUGAUAACUUUGAAAACCAUAAUAGGAGAUUUUUCGAACUUAACUGA